AUGCCGUCCUCACCUUUCUCCUCCCUCCCGCGCGCCCUCUCCGCCAUCAAGAGCGCCUCCAACCCGCAGGAAGCGAUGUGCCUUUACAAGAUCACCGUGGUGAACGGAGAUUACUCCCGCCUCCACCCACUCGGCUCCCACGCCGCCGUGUUUAUUCUCAAGGCCUGCUGCUCCCGCCUCCGCUGCGCGAACUUCGUGCGCCACCUCCACGCCCACCUCCUCAAGGCAGGGCACCACUUCCACGUCUACGUCGCAACCGCGCUGCUCCAUGGCUACGUUCUCGCCUCCUUCCCCGACGCCCGUCUCCUGUUCGAGGAAAUGCCGAACAGAAAUACCGUCACGAUAAACACCAUGAUUUCGGGCUACGCGAAGCAGGGGGAGAUCAGUCGCGCCCGCUUGCUCUUUGAAGAAAUGCCCGAGAGAGACAUCGCCUCGUGGUCGGCCAUGAUCGGGGGCUAUGUCGGACAAGGCGAGUGGGCUCAGGCCUUUCGGCUCUUCCGCGAGUUGAUGUGGGCCGAGGAGCUGAAGCCCGACCAGUCGACGCUCGUGACGUUGCUCUCCUGCUGCGCCGCGAGAGCCUCUACGAGGCUUCUGGGCAAGUCCAUCCACGCCUACAGUCAGAAGAGCGGCAUGGAGAUCAACGUUCAGCUGGGGACCGCGCUCGUCGACAUGUACGCCAAGUCCGGGUGCCUGAGGAGCGCCAACUUGGUGUUCCACAGAAUGCCUGACAAGAACGUCAUGCCCUGGAGCGCUAUGAUCUGCGGGCUGGCCACGCACGGCCGCGGCGAAGAAGCCAUGGCCUUCUUCAGACGCAUGAAGGAGCAGGGCGUGAGGCCCAAUGAGAUCACCUUCACGGGGGUGCUCAACGCCUGCUGCCACGCCGGGUUGGUCGAAGAGGGCAAGAAAAAUUUCCACGCCAUGACGGAGGAGUAUGGGCUCACGGCGGGCGUUCACCACUACGGCUGCGUGGUGGACUUGUUGGGGAAGGCGGGGCUGCUGGAGGAGGCCUACGACCUCGUGAGGAAGAUGAAGGUCGAGCCCAACAUCGUUAUCUUGACCUCUCUGCUGGCGUCCUGCAAGACGCACAGAAACCUCGCCGUUGCCGAGAAGCUGAUCGAACGGGUCCUCGGGAUGGCGAAUCCGGACGUCGAUGGCGGGGUGUAUGCUCUUGUGUCGGAUUUGUACGCGCUGGGGGGGAGAUGGGGUGACGCCGAGCGUAUAAGGACACUGAUGGAUAGAGACAGCGUGAAGAAGAGACGUGGUUUCAGCGCGAUAUGA